CCUCCAACCUUCCUUUCCUUUCCCUUCCUUUCCUUCCCCACCAAGCCAAGCCAAGCGGGGAGGAGGAUGGGCGAGUACUGCGCCGCGGCGGCGGCGGCGGCGGAGGGGGAGCAGCCGGUCGCGGUGGUCCCGCUCCCGCUCCCGCAGGGGGCGGCGGCGGCCAGGUACCUUUACGGCGACUACGACCGCUGCUCCACCAAGCAGGUCUUCGACAACCUCCACGGCAACAUCUCCCUCGACCCCUUGGCCCGUGAAUUUGUGGAUACAGAAGAAUUUCAGAGGUUGCGGGAUCUGAAACAGCUUGGCCUUACAUAUCUGGUGUUUCCUGGGGCUGUCCACACGCGUUUUGAACAUUCAUUAGGUGUUUAUAGGCUAGCUGGGGAGGCUAUGAACAAUCUUCACAAGUACCAGGGAGAAGAGCUUGGCAUUGACCGCGUUGAUGUCCAAACUGUGAAACUUGCAGGUCUCUUACAUGACAUUGGACACGGCCCCUUCAGUCAUCUGUUUGAGCAUGAGUUUCUUCCGCGUGUUCAUCCUGGAUCAACAUGGUCCCACGAACAUAUGUCUGCACUGCUUCUGGACAGUAUUGUUGACAAACACGCAAUAGAUAUUGAACCUGAUUAUCUGAAAGCUAUCAAGGAAAUGAUUGUUGCAAGCUCUAACUUCUCCACAACUGAAGGUGUGAAGGAGAAGCGUUUCCUUUACGACAUUGUUGCUAAUGGGCGCAACGGUAUAGAUGUUGACAAGUUCGACUACAUUGACCGUGAUUGCAGAGCAUGUGGUAUCGGGAGCAAUUUCCAGCACUGGAGGCUUUUAGAAGGUAUGCGAGUGAUGGGUGAUGAAAUAUGCUACCCUGCCAAAGAUUAUCUGAGCAUCCAUAAAUUGUUCACAACACGUGCUGAUCUGCAUCGGACUGUCUAUACCCAUGCCAAAGUGAAGGCUGUUGAACUGAUGCUUGUGGACGCGCUUGUCGAAGCGAAUGAAUACUUGGGAAUAUCUUUGCAUGCACAUGAUCCAGAAGACUUUUGGAAGUUAGAUGAUACAAUCGUUAAAAGCAUCGAAACUGCUCCCAAUGAUGAACUGAAGAAGGCCAAGGAAAUCAUUCAACGUAUUCGCCGGAGAGAGCUCUACAAGUUCUGCAAUCAGUAUUCUGUUCCAAAGGAUAAACUGGACCAUUUCAAGAAUAUAACUGCACAAGACAUAGUUUGUUCACAGAAAUCUUCAAAGGUGCUGCUGACGGAGGAAGACGUGGCGGUCAGCAAUGUCAAGAUUGACUUGACGCGUGGGAAGGACAACCCGCUCGAAAGCAUCAAGUUCUUCAAGGAUUUCGGAUGCGAAGAGAAGUUCCCGAUAACGGACGAACGCGUGAGCCACCUGCUGCCCGUGUGCAACCAGGACAGGAUCGUGAGGGUGUACGCCAAGAAGCCGGAGCUGGUGGAAGCGGUGUCGGAGGCGUUUGAGAACCUGCAGCUGAGGAUGUACGGGGAGAAGACGCAGGUGCACGACACGCCCACCAAGAAGAAGCGCAGGUUCAACUAGUCGGGCGGGCGGUCGGUCGGUCGGUUCGCAGGUGCUGCAUAACACAGGCAGAGUAGGAAACGACAUGGAGGGAGGGUGGACGCCAUAUACAUAUAUACUACUAUAGUAGAGUCAGUUGGUUUUAGCUAGGACGACGCCGGUGAAUUGUACAGUUUUGAUGGACGCACAGGAAGGGUUGGAAAUUUUUAGUCUGGGCGGCAUAUACAUAUAUAUGUAGGCGCUCACUGAGUGACACACAGGAAGAGGAUGUCAGGAUGGGUAUGAUUUUGGCACGCACGCACUCCCUCCCCUGUAUCUGAUAUCCGUGUGCCACCUAGUAUAUGGAUGAUGAUGAUGACAUAUAUUGCUCUCGGUUAACGCAUAUGGUGAAUAUAUAUCACACAUAGAUCCCUUUGGCAUGAGAA